CAAACACACACAGAGACAUCUGUACACACACAGACAUGUACAUACACAUACACACACACACACAGAAGCAUGUACACGCACGCACAGAGACACAUGUACACACACACACAGGCACGUACAGACACGCAUACACACAGAUACAAAUGUAAAUACACAGAAAUACACAGGCACAGACACAUGUACAUACACACAGACACAUGUACAUACAUACACAGACACAUGUACACACAUACACCCCACCUAUAAAAAGUUGCAGUACUUCGUUGUUCACUCACAGAGCCGGGUACUGCACUCUAGGGGGAGGCAGAGAGCACAGCACACACUUCUUGCUUUGCUUUCACUGCGCUCAGCUAUUGAG